GAUAAAGAACUGAGAUGAUAUCUUUGAUUCACGAUUAAUGAGUCUUUAGAAUCUCAAUUUGGCUGACGAAUAGCAACAAGAAUGGAUGUGAAAAAAACAAAAAAUAAAAAGUAUGAACUGGUGGCGCCCGACGGUGGUUGGGGCUAUAUGAUAUGCUUGGGUGUUAUCCUAAAUAUGAUAAGUAUAACAUCAUUCGUGCAUUGCUUUGGAAUCAUAUACAAGGAAUUGUUCAUUGAAUUAAAGAUGGACUGUACAAGUAUAACGUUUUUUAACGGGCUCACCUGUUUCGGAAUAGCAGUGUCAGGUUUUUUUACCAGCCCUUUGUUAAAAUACAUGUCGUUCCGCAAACUGGGAUUUCUUGCUGCGUUAAUUUUCAAUAUUGGAUUAUUUGGUACAGUGUUUACAAACUCACAAUUACACUUUUUCAUCUUUCAAGGAUUAUUGCAGAGUAUUGGACAUGGAAUUGUAAUUAAUUUGUCCUUUACCAUCCUCAACAACUAUUUUGUAAAGAGAAGAUUGCUCGCUGUCAGCUUCACGCAAACUGUUGCUGCUGCAUUUGGAUUUCUAACGCCCCAGAUGGUGAAGUGGGCGAUCGAAAGGUAUGGGUUCCGAGGUUGCGUCAUGUUGAUAACUGGUAUAUCGAUGCACAAUCUUUUCGCAAUUAUUCUUAUGCAACCUGUAUCAUGGCAUAUGAAAAAGGUUGAAGUAUUCGAAGACAUAGAAAACGAAACCUAUUCACUUCUGGUAAAGAAUAAGAAGUAUGCGACUAAAAAAGAAGAUUUGACCGCUUCGAACUAUUCGUAUAAUAAAUCGGAAAGCGCAACGGUAGAAGAUAAUUUAAAAAUAGUGGAAGAGACAGCAAAUGCAAACAGCAGCCGACUAAAGAAAUUUGUGAACCACAUCAUCGACGUGUCGCUGUUCAGAACCUUUUUCUUAUCUAACGCCUGUAUUGGAGCAGCUCUCGCGCUCUUCACUGAAAUGACUUUCACUCUUAUGGUUCCACAAGCAUUAUAUUUUAGUGGAUGGAGUGAAAACGAAGUGGCUUGGGCUGUGUCACUGAAUGCGUUUGGAGAUUUAGUGGCGCGGACCUUAUUAAUAUUCAUGAGCAGUUUACUGGUAAAAGUCGGGAGCCACCAGAUUUAUAUAGUUGGACUGGUCAUCGCAUUUGGGUCUAGACUUGGAAUGCUGUGGUCGGAUAAUAGAAGAGUAAUAACAACCUUCAUGACAAUCAUGGGAAUUUCGCGCUGUUCCAUCAUGGUGCUUACACCCGUCGUAGUUGCGGACUCUGUUGAACAAAAACUAUUCUCUUCUGCGAUGGGAUUACUAUUUUUGAUAUUCGGAUUCUUUAAUCUGAUUGUUGGACCGGUUAUUGGUGCAGUGCGAGAUUUAACGGAUAGCUACGCAACAGCUUUUUACAUUCUCACCUCGUUCUAUGCUAUUGUGAUAAUGUUCUGGACAAUCGAAUUGUUCUACAAAAAGAGUAAGCACAAGAGACAAUCCAGAGCUGAUAUUACCUCAUCAAAAUCAUGACAAAAGACGUCUUAAAGAAAUAUAUAUAUAUAUAUAGGACUUUCAUUGCUACGAAUACAUAUUGCUUGUUACUUACAGUGCGUGUAAUCAUGGGCGUUCUUACCCUGCGUCUGGUCUAGGGGGGAGCAAAUGAGAUUUGUUUAGGCCAGAUUGGCAUCGGCUGUUUUGUAAAAGUUUUUAGAGAGUCCUCGAUACUGAAGCCAAAACUGAAUUAUAUUUCAUUUUUGUCUGUCAUCAUACAUUUUUAAAGAGUGUUCAUACAUUUUGCACUGCCUGCCCCCCCUGGGUACGCCCACGCGUGUAUUAUUUCUUUACUCCAUGAAUAGUAUUAAACUAAUGGCGUUUUAUGAUGAUUGUAUAGGUCAUGUCAGGUAAACAAGCGCUGCAGUUCGACUUGCUCAAUGGCUUGGUGCGAUUGUAUUGCUCAGCCAAUGUUAUUUUUCACGAAGUUAACUAUUUACGAGAUCGUUUUACCGUGUUUUUUAUUAAUUAUUAAAAAAAUACCACAGA